AUGCCGCGCCCGGCCCGGGGCUCCGCGGCCCCGCCCGACGCCGCACCAUUGGAGUCCCGCCCCGGCGAGCCCGCGGACGUCGCCUGCGAGACAGAUGCGGAGAAGGCUGCGCGACUAGAGCGGGUCGCUGCCCUGUACCGCCACAUGCGCCGCCUCGAGACGCAGCUGGGCGGCGGGGAGGGCGUCGAGGGGCUAUACGGGAGCAUCUCGCAGGUGUCGAUGCAGAAGGUGAUCGACGUGCUCAAGUCCCGGUGCGGGCUCGGCCGCGGGAGCGUCUUUCUGGACGUGGGCGCAGGCCUCGGGCGUCCGAUCCUGCACGCGAUCGCGGACGCCGGCGUCGACGCGGGGCGGUCCUUUGGCGUGGAAAUCGACAGCAUCAAAUGCGAGAAGGCGCGCGUGGUGGCGGCGCGGGCGCUCGGGGGCGGCGAGGUGCCGUACUACGAGAACAAGCCGAUCGAGGGCAUGUCGACGCUGUGCCCCGCGACGCACGCGUACUCCUUCUGGGAGGGCGUCCCGCACGAGGCGCGGUGUGCGUUUGGCGCGCUGUUCGCGGCGUCGCCGACCCUGCAGCACGUGUGCGUGGUGCAGCGGCACAUGCGCGAGGACGCCGUCGCGAACAUGGAGGAGUACGGCUUCGGCGACGUCGCGCUCGUCGACAAGUUCACGGUCAAGAUGUCGGGCUCAGGGCGAUCCUUCCAAUCCUAUCUCUUCUCGAAAACUUCCUGGAUGUCUCCGACGGCGGCGCCCGAGGGCGCCACGCAGCGGCAGCCCGCGCAUGUGGCCGCGUCCGAGACCGAGGCGGCGCUGCGGGCCACGCCGCGGCGGAGCGGGAGGCCGGCGAAGGGCGACGCCGACGGCGAGGACGACGACGUGUCGCCGACGCAGGCCGUGUCGCCGGUGGCGGAGGCGCGGCCGGAGCGGCCGCAGCGGCGGGCGUCGAAGGGGGUGUCGCGGGCGGUGCAGGCGGCGCGCGGGCUGGCGUGGGAGCCGGAGGCGGGGCGCGUGGUGCACGCGCUGGGGGCUGCGGUGCGGAGGGCGCGCGGGGCGGGGGCGGGGAAGAUCGGAUCGCCGAAGAAGGCGGCGGGUGGAUCCGGGGCGGGCAGGGCGAUCGGCUCGCCGGUGCGUGUCGGGCUGGCUGGUGUCUUGAAGCGAUGA